AUGGUAAUUAGCGUUUACAGAAGCUCAUCAUCCACGGCCAACGAGGAUGAGGCGCUGCUCCCCACGCUAUGUACGGCAGCUCGCCACAAUGGGAAACUUCUGAUCCUCGAGGAUUUCAACACCCCAGAGAUCAACUGGGGUGGAGAAAGUGUCCCAUCGGGUUCCUUUGGCCAUGCGUUACUGAACCUGCUGCACGAUGAAGCCCUCAUGCAACACGUAAGAGAGGAUACGCGAUGGCAAGAUGGCAGCAAGCCUACCAGGUUGGACCUGGUAAUAACGAAGGAGGCGAACGAUAUAGAAAGUAUUCAGGUAAUGGCCCCACUGGGUAAAAGUGAUCAUGCUCUACUUCAUCUUACCAUGUCCAUCCGAGAGUCAACCGCCCCCGAUAAGAGAGGACGAAAUUAUGAGGGAAUGAACAUAGCGCAGCUCCUACGAGAUGCAAAUACCAUGUCAUGGGAGUUGGAUCCCAGGGCGGUCAGGGACGAACAAAACGAGGACGGAGUUAACGCAGAAUCAAAUGCUGAAAAGGCGGAUAUUUUCCGCCGCUACUUCGAAAGGGUUCACCAACCGGAUAGAGGGGGGAACCCUCCACCCCCCGUAGAACGGGAAAUACUCGCAAUGGCCGAAGUCAUCAUCAUCGGAGGUGAGGUAAAGGCCCAACUGCAGGCCCUGAAGAGCACCAAGGCAGCGGGACCCGAUGAUAUUCACACGGCUAUCCUAAAACCGCUGGCUGAGGUGCUUGCUGCACCACUAGCAAAGCUGUUUAACAGAUCCCUCCAAGAGGGGCGGCUGCCGGGAGACUGGAAGGUGGCAAAUGUGGUCCCCAUACACAAAGGUGGGAAUAGAAAUCAAGCUGCAAAUUAUAGGCCGGUUAGUCUAACCUCAGUACCACUAAAAGUAAUGGAAAGUCUACAGAGGGACAACACGGGUUUGUGA